AACUCCCAUGAUGCACCAGCAAGGUAUCGUCACGACUCAAAACCCCAGCGGGUCCGUCUGAUACAACAUUCUUCACUUUCACUCCGUUUACAUGUUUAAUAAUCCCGGUGUCACAGGGGGGAAAUGUUUAGAUUCGACACAUUGAAUCAACAAUGAUUAUUUAACGGAGCAUUUUCGAGCUUUUUCUUUGUUCCUGUUGUAAAACUGCCGGUUUAGAAACAGCUCCAUCUUAAGGGAGAAGCUAACAAAAGUUGCUAGCUAGACGUAAGGAACGGUUCAGGAGUGGUCUGUUACUCCAAAGAUGCUGAGACUGUCUCGAAAGAAGGCUGUAAAUUUAGUAAAGGAGCUGGAUGCUUUCCCCAAGGUGCCUGAGAGUUAUGUGGAAACAACAGCUAGUGGUGGGACCGUGUCUCUUAUUGCCUUCACUGCCAUGGCACUGCUGGCCUUCUUUGAGUUUUUUGUCUAUCGGGACACAUGGAUGAAGUACGAAUAUGAAGUGGAUACAGAUUUUUCUAGUAAAUUAAGAAUAAAUAUAGACGUUACGGUCGCCAUGAGGUGUCAAUUUGUGGGUGCAGAUGUUUUGGACCUGGCUGAAACUAUGGUAGCAUCAGAUGGCUUGAAGUAUGAACCGGUUGUGUUUGAUCUGUCUCCUCAACAGAGACUAUGGCAUAGGACACUCAUGCUGAUUCAGGACAGGCUACGUGACGAGCACUCGCUCCAGGACGUCCUCUUAAAAAACGUGAUGAGAGGAGCCCCCACUGCACUACCCCCAAGAGAGGACAGUCCCACACAGCCACUCGACGCGUGCAGAAUACACGGAUACCUCUACGUUAAUAAAGUGGCUGGAAACUUCCACAUCACGGUCGGCAAGGCCAUCCCACAUCCAAGAGGCCAUGCUCACUUAGCUGCACUAGUCAGCCAUGAAACAUACAACUUCUCCCACCGGAUAGACCACAUGUCCUUCGGUGAAGUAAUCCCAGGCAUCCUGAACCCGCUGGACGGCACAGAGAAAGUGUCCGCGGAUCAUAAUCAGAUGUUUCAGUACUUCAUCACCAUCGUACCGACCAAACUGGCAACCUACAAACUGACAGCCGAUACGCAUCAGUACUCCGUUACAGAACGGGAGCGCGUGAUAAACCAUGCAGCUGGAAGUCACGGCGUUUCGGGAAUUUUUAUGAAGUACGACUUCAGCUCGCUUAUGGUCCGAGUAACAGAACAGCACAUGCCGCUGUGGCAGUUCCUUGUGCGUUUAUGUGGCAUUGUUGGGGGCAUCUUCUCUACGACAGGCAUGCUGCACAACUUGGUUGGAUUCUUUGUAGAUAUUAUCUGCUGUCGCUUUAAACUCGGAGUCUAUAAGCCCAAACAGGUCAGUGUUGUGGAUGGCCAUGCAAACAGCCAGACGCCUCUACUGUCAGAGAACGGCGGACUCUAGCAGCUUCGUGUCGGUUCCCCGUACCCGAGGAUCUUCUCCAUCCGAGACACAAGCACACCACGGGACUAAACUAGCAAGCAGCUAGCCAAAAAAAAAAAGCUGUUCUUACUGACUUCUCUGGUAAUGUGGUAUAGUGAAGGGCCGCCUGCUCCAAGCACAUAACUGUAACUCAGGCUGUAAACAAAAGUAUUGAUUGUUUGCUUUCAUUACCAACAGAACACUUUAGCAUUUCUGUCAUUAUAACAGUGUUCGAUCGUCAGUCCUCCGUUUCCACCAUCAGCAUCUAAAAAACGUUUCGUCCCAAGAAACUGUUUUGUUUUUUAUCCAAUUAGUAGUUAUUGUGCUUGUGAGAGGCAGCGCUUUCCUUUUGAAACCAGCCUAAGAGUUUAAACGUCAUGUUUUAGACUGAUUUUCUCUUUUGUCCAGCCAUCCACUUUUUACCAAGAUGCUUUUUGUAUAUAAUAUUUUUUUCCUGUAAUAUAUCAAUGCCACUCAAGAUGUGACUCUUCUAUCAUUAGCCAUAACUGAUAAAUUAUGACUUGGAAAAGAAGUGGAGUGAUUUUUAAAUAACAAAUUAAGCAAAUCAGGAAAAGCUGUAAGAUGCAACGAAUCAUGGCAGUAUUAUGAUUUAUGAGGAAGUCAUAUCCUGUUCAAUCGAUUAGGUGUGUGUGUGGAUGUGUUGUUUUUCUCUGGCUUUGUUUUUUGGACACUUUCCUCAGGAUGAAGCAGCUGAAUCAUCUUGCUGACGGUUAUUUUGUGAGCACAGACCUGAAUAACUGAUAUGAAGAGAAUGAUGGUAGGACUGUAAACAGUAAGGAAAACUGAGAACUUGAAUUCUGGGUGACCCCUGCUUUGUUCUAGCACUAGAAAUGGUUGAAUGGUGGCUAGGAGACGUAUAGAGAAAGAGCUGGGGAUGUAUAGGAACCUUCAUAUGAAAGCUUUUAGUCAUUUACAUCACAGAAGUGUGAUGGCAGUAAAUUUUCAACUUAAGAUAUUUUAAACGAUGUUUAUCUUUUUUUGGACUAUCGUAUCACCCUUUUACACACAUGGCCAUACUGUUUGUCCUGAAGCAGAGGGGUUUGAUUAAGAAUGGAAUUUGUACACAUGUCUGAUGAGCUGUCUGUGCUUGUGUUGGUUUGAAUCCUUUGCCCUGAUAAAAAUCUUGCUUUCUUGUU